AUGCGCCUCGAGGAGUGCGCUGGCCUAGGCAAGGAGCAGCAACGUCGACUUGUUGGCAUGGUCGUCCCAUUUGAGCACGCCUAUCAGAACGAGACCGCAGAACAAAGACUCAUUCGACACCAGGCAUCAGUCAUUGACCACUUCAUCGAUAUCGGACGGCUACAAGAGGAGCGCCUCCAAGCCCUUGAGGAAAAGCUUCAAACUUGUGCCACACCAAAGCGCAAGGAAAGUGAGGUCAAAGUCGGGCAGGUCAUGCCCAACAGCAAAGGGAAACGGCAGAAGCAAUCCUAUAUGAAGUUGUUCUUACCCAACGGGUUUGUGCUGGACGAAGACAGCCAAACGUUCCGCGACGACGUGCUGUCCACAGGAGCUGCCGCACAGAUCGCUGCGCUGGAGUUUCUGCGCAGCAACAACGUGCAAUCGAAGGGAACCAGCGCUGUUCUCAAAGCACUACAAGGCACUCAUCGACUGGGGCAUCGCAAUGCAAGGAUUAUCCAUUACCGCCAGCUCGUGCAUCUGGACGAGUGA